GUAAAUAUCGAAAUUAAAUUCAAAAUUCAAAACGUGUCAUUACAAAUAUGACUUGUCGUGAAAAGAAUAUUGUCUUCCGGUUAUUUUAAUAAGGUCUUAGUCUAUAAUUGUCCAGAAACAGAACAGUCGAAUGUGCUGCAAUCAAAAGCAUGGAAUACAUCGCUUUGCGGUUUUGAGCCUCUGAAGGUAUCAGCUGAGCGGGGGGUGGAAGAGGAAGGAAGAUGGAAGGCAACAGAGACGAAGCUGAAAGAUGUAUAAAUAUUGCCACUAAAGCCUUAGAAGCAGGAGAUAAGGAAAAGGCAGUGCGAUUUUUGCAUAAGGCUGAAAAGCUCUAUCCAACAGACAAAGCGAAAGUGUUACUAGAUGCUCUGUCGAGGAAUGGCAGCUCUGCAGGGAAUGGCAAUGCUCACUACAGGGGGCCCUCUGAGAGUAGCGACUCUAACCAGCGGUCGGAGAGAGCUGGCCAGGAUGCAGCAGGAGAGCAUGCCAAGCCCUUCACCAAGGAUCAGACGGAGGGGGUACGAAGGAUAAAAACAUGCAAGGACUACUAUGAAGUACUGGGAGUUGGCAAGGAUGCUAAUGAUGAGGACCUGAAAAAAUCCUACAGGAAACUUGCACUGAAGUUUCACCCAGACAAAAACCAUGCCCCUGGAGCCACAGAAGCCUUCAAAAAGAUUGGCAAUGCUUACGCCGUCCUUAGCAACCCAGACAAGAGGAAGCAGUAUGAUGUCACAGGAGGGGAGGAGCCCAGCAGCCCAGGGCAGGGACACGGCAACUUCAAUUUCCAACAUGGCGGCUUUGAGGCAGACAUCACUCCAGAAGACCUCUUCAACAUGUUCUUUGGCGGAGGUUUCACCUCAAGCCCACACACAUUCACCAACGGCAGGGCACGCUACAGCCCCCAGGAGCAGACCCGGCGAGAGCGGGCGGAGGAGAGGGGAGAGGGCGGAUUCUCCAUGUUCAUCCAGCUGAUGCCCAUCAUCGUGCUGCUCCUGGUAUCCAUCCUGAGCCAGAUGAUGGUGUCCACGCCCCCGUACAGCCUCUACUCCAAACCGUCAACGGGUCAAACGAUUAAGAGGCAGACUGAGAACCUGCAAGUAGAUUACUUUGUCAACAGAGACUUCAGAUCGGAAUACAAGGGGACAACAUUACAGAAAAUUGAAAAGGGCGUAGAGGACGACUAUGUGUCAAAUGUGCGAAACAACUGCUGGAAAGAGAGACAAACAAAAACAGAUCUGCUGUAUGCUGCUAAGGUUUAUAGAGAUGAACGUCUUCGGCGGAAAGCUGACCAGAUGACCAUGGAUAACUGUCAAGAACUUGACAGACUAAACAGCUUAUUCCGUGGAGGAUGAGGCCCGAGCCUCUGGACAUUUUAGAGUAUAUAUAUGAGAGAAUAUAUGUAUGUAAUAUGUAAAUGUGUUUUUAAGAAACCAUGAAGAUAGGAAAAAUCUACUAAAACCAGACCAAUGCUAACCAUACUGUGAGGUCUUUUAAGUUGUUCCCUUCAAACACACUCUCCAACUCACUCCAUGGGAACUGCCUGGAUGCGUAACAGGGAACCAACAGAGAAGUGGUCAAUCUUCCAGUACAGAACCUUGCAAAUCUUCCUUUUUUUUAGUUACUGGAAUAAGAUACUAGUCUGAUGAUUUCUUUUUUGUCAGUAAUGGACAGACUGUUAAAUAUACUGUAAGACCCUGGUGCCAAUCUGAUGGAGGCACACACACUCCCUUCAUUCUCAAUCAUGAUGGAAUUUCAGACCAUCAGAAGAUGCUUUCCUUGACACCCAUAGAAGAGUGCUAGUACCCUGAAGAGCCCGUCAUAGUGGUAUGCUUCCUUGCCUUUCAACGCCAUAUUCAAUGAGGAGACUGGACUUUCGACUUUGAUACCGGUGGUGAAGAGGUUGCCACUGUUUUGGAAGGGGACUUGUUCCUGGGCUCUGCAGCCUAGUGUGAGAAUCCUGCUGAAUGGACUACUGAACCAUCUGAUUCAUGAUGUUUAUUGUACUUUUUUCUGAAUGUCUAAAACUUCUGGAGUAAUUUAAGUUUCUAGAAAACAUAGUAUUUCUUCAUUGCUUGACUAAUCAUUUGAAUAAAAUGUAAAUUAUUACCAA